UCCCGCGCCUCUGUUCGGCACCGCCGCCGCCCGCCGAGGAGGGGACAGCGACAGCCGGGAGCACGGGAGAGGGACGGACCCUCCCCCGCCGCCAACCCGCUUCCUCCUCCUUCUCCUCCACCUCCUCCCCCGCCUCCGCCUCCGCCUCCCGGCCGGGAAGAGCUCGCCGUGCCCGCAGCAGCCCCGCUGGAUGCACUGAGCGCUCGGGCGCGGGGAGAGAGGGGCAGGAGGGAGCCGGGAGCCCCGCCGCGGAGGCGCUGCGCUACCCGGAGCCUCACGGCCAUUUGCUUUAAUUCUUUUAUUGCCCCCCGGCCGCCUCCUCCUCUCUGCCCGCGGGAGCCAGCCGAGGCGGCGGGGGCUGCAUCCCCCCUCCCCCCCUUUUUUUUUUUUAAUUUUUUUUUUUUUUUAAAUUUUCAUCGCCGCCAUGGGAUGUACCCUGAGUGCUGAGGAAAGAGCCGCCUUGGAGCGGAGCAAGGCCAUCGAGAAGAACCUGAAGGAGGACGGGAUCAGCGCGGCCAAAGACGUGAAACUCCUACUGCUCGGAGCCGGAGAGUCGGGAAAAAGCACCAUCGUGAAGCAAAUGAAGAUCAUCCAUGAGGAUGGCUUCUCUGGAGAAGACGUGAAGCAGUACAAGCCAGUGGUGUACAGCAACACUAUACAGUCACUGGCAGCUAUUGUCCGUGCCAUGGAUACCUUGGGCAUUGAGUACGGUGAUAAGGAACGACGGGCUGAUGCCAAGAUGGUCUGCGAUGUCGUAAGUCGGAUGGAGGACACAGAGCCUUUCUCUCCAGAGCUGCUGUCAGCUAUGAUGAGGCUCUGGGCAGACUCUGGGAUCCAAGAAUGCUUCAACCGGUCCCGGGAAUAUCAACUYAAUGACUCAGCCCAAUACUACCUAGACAGCUUAGAUCGAAUUGGAGCUGCAGACUACCAGCCCACGGAGCAGGAUAUCCUCCGAACCAGGGUCAAAACAACUGGCAUCGUAGAAACCCAUUUCACAUUCAAAAACCUCCACUUCAGGCUCUUCGAUGUCGGGGGCCAGCGGUCAGAACGCAAGAAGUGGAUCCACUGCUUUGAGGAUGUCACAGCGAUCAUCUUCUGUGUCGCGCUGAGUGGCUACGACCAGGUGCUCCAUGAAGACGAAACCACGAAUCGCAUGCACGAAUCUCUGAAGCUUUUUGACAGCAUCUGCAACAACAAAUGGUUCACAGAUACAUCUAUCAUCCUGUUUCUAAACAAGAAGGACAUAUUUGAGGAGAAAAUUAAGAAAUCUCCACUGAGUAUCUGCUUUCCUGAGUACACAGGCCCCAACGCUUUCACGGAGGCGGUGGCGUACAUCCAGACUCAGUACGAGAGCAAGAACAAGUCCUCCAACAAGGAGAUCUACACUCACAUCACCUGUGCCACCGACACCAACAACAUCCAGUUCGUGUUCGACGCUGUCACGGAUGUCAUCAUYGCCAACAACCUGCGGGGAUGUGGACUCUACUAAAGCACCCUCCUCCCUCCUCUCCUGGCACCCGCCCGGAGUGUCCUCCCGUCCCGCGGACAGGUCCUCCCUUUCCUUGUUUUUUCCUCCUCAGAAGAUGRCGAGGAAGAAAUGCAUAAAUCCCUCCUCCUGUCCCAGAAAACUUYGCAGCAAGUUCUGCUUUCCCCAGUCCCAUUCUAUUUUAUUUUGGUUCAUUUUUGGUUUGUUCCCUUGCUGCCCCGUCUACUCCUCCGUUCCAAUUCACAGUGUUGCGCAGGGAGCUAACGCAUUUCCCACAAAGUGCAUUUCAACUGCCAAAAGACAAAAAUACUUCAGUUUUAAAGAGAGAAAAAAAAAUCAAGCCUUAAAAUACUGGUCAGGAACAGUGUAGUUUUGAACCAAAACUUUUUUUGCCUUGAAAAUUAAGGGAUAUUGUUCAUUCCCCUGGUUAUUUGCCUUUUUUUUUAACACUAUUCCUUUGGGAAGUGCUAGACACAACCUGAUCAUGUUGAGGGUACCUUACAGCUCCAGUUCUGACCCCAAAGCUGGAGGGUUUGGUGUUGAAUGCAGCCGCCAUAUCGUGGAUUUGUACAUUCUCCUUUUUUCCAGACAGCUCUUUGAACAAGUGAAACAGCCAUAUCGAGUUCUGCUGGUGUCUGAGUAACAGGGACACAGUAACAAAGCCUACUAAGCCUUGUCUAAAAGCAUUCAUUACUGGUAGCAGUUUACCUCAAGUUUUUCAAAAUUAAUGAUAAAAUUUAUCUAGUGGUUGCUGUAACCCAUUUCUGAGGCACUUCCACGGAGGCCGUGGAGCUGCUGGGCUGGGACCCCAGGAGUGUGGGCAGUGAAAAUGCCCCAGGAAUGGUGUCCUGAUGGGGACCCCACACUCGGUGGCAUCCUGACAAAGAAUCCAGCCUGGGGACCUGGGGACCUUUCCUAAAGCAUCUCCCAACCUCAGUGAUCUCAGCAGAGGUGAUGCUCCUGCAAACACACAGCAUCACUUUCCAAACUUCAGCUCUGAAACACUGGGCUGAGCGAAAAAUGUUUAACCCUGGCUCCUUGUAAGCAGAAUCUGACCUUUUAGAGAGAUGUGGAAGGGUGCUUUGGGAAACCUCCCCGUGCUUGGGUGGCAGCAAAGUGUGCAGGAGCCUCGUGGCYCUCCAUUGCCCCUUGGGCAUCUAAACCCCUUGAGAAGCCCAGCCUUGUGCUCUGAGCCUUCUUGGCUGGGCAGAAGCGGUGGCUUUCCUGUGUCACCUCCUGCCUGAGCGUCCCAGAGAGACAGCUCCAGGUUUGGAGUCUACAGUCAGGGCAUCUCCUUGCCAGUAUCUAGAGGAAGACAGAUGGUUAACCCUGAAAGGAGAGCUCAGGGAGCUCGUUUGAGUCAAUUGAUGGAGUAGGAAGGAAAGGAGGAAGGAAGGGCAGGGGAGAGGAGUGGGAACGGCGAGAGUAGCACCCAGCAGAGCAAAACUGGGGGCUCAGAGASAAGGRCAAAUGCAGGUGGGCUGUGGUACAUGUGGCCACCCACUUGCCAUCACCCAGAGCUCUGAGUGCUGCUGGGUCAAAGGCAGAAGGGAAUGUGAGACCUGUGGACAUGGAGGGACUCUUAAAAGUGCACCCCAAAAGCUUGUUUGUUGUCUGGGUGAGACAGCCACUUCCAAGGUCACACUCAGGGCCCACCUCACCUGGGGGCCAGUAGGAAAUGCUGAUCCCUGCCUCUCCUCUGCCUCUCUUUAAAGUCCAUGAUCUCAGAAAACAUGAAUCUUUCCAGGCUGGCCACAAAUUCAAUUGUCCUCCCUUKGGAGCCUGAUCUAAGAGUGGCUGUCAGGUGUUCAGGAGAUCUCUCCAGGGUUGCACUUGAGGGACCAUAUCUCUUCUCUCACUGUGCCCAUUUAGAAGAGAUGUGUGAGAGCAGCACAGCCCAAAGGGAGGGGGCCAGGUGAGUGUCAGUGUGCAGGAGGCAGGGACAGGAACAUGUAUGGUGGCACAGGAGGGAGAGGAGAGUGGGAGAGGUUUAGGGAACGUUUUGGGAGAGAAGUUGCAGAAGGGAYAUGAGGCAGAUUGAGACAGCACAGAGGAUGGGAAGAGAAGGCACCUGGGAGCCAGAGGAGAGUCCCCAUCACAGGCUGUGCUCUUCCAGGACAGUGCUUGUGGGACGUCUGUGACAAAUCCCCAGCCAGGGAUGUGAGCAGGAGCACCCCAGGACAAGCAGAGGAAAAGGAGGUGUCUGUGACCCCCCAGCCAGCUCACAGCCCAGCACGGCUGGCAGCUGUCAGUAACCCCUAGACAGCAUUAAAUGAUGCAUUUACUAUUGUACAGCMAGGACCUGCUGCUGCCCUGCUGGGCACUAACAGCAAUAACACGACUCCCUGCCCCCCUGCUCUGGCACAAACCAGUACCCACCUUUCUUUCACCAUCUCAGCCUUAAAAUGCCUCCAGUGACAUCAGCUCCCACAAARAGCUGGCCAGCAAAACCAGGAGCUCUGCUCCUCCUGCCACAGYCCACCCACACAUCUUGUCUGAGCCCCAGCAGUGACACCCAGCAUCCACGUGGGUGUUGUGUCAAACCCAGGGCAGAAAAACCACUUUGGUUAUGUUUGGUACAUGAAGUGUGUAACCACUGACCCUAGAGUGCUGAUGGCUGGUGCUGGCAGGGGCACAGGUCUUUUACUGAGCUCUGUAAGAAGAGUUUGAUCACAAGCACUGCAGUUUUGGAGAUUUUCUGUUGCCACCCCUUGCUGUGAAUGACGUUUUAUCCAAGCAAAUAAGUAACAGAAGCUGUUCCCAGGGAAAGCAGCACCACGCCAAGGCUUUGUGAGCUCCCAGCGUAGAGCACACAGGAAUAGUUUGGUAAAGACAAUUUAAAUUAACUCAACUCCAAACUCUGCCAAAUGCAGCCAGUGCUGGCUCAGUGCACUUUUGCUGCUUUCCAGGCUGGAUUCACAUAACCCAUUCCCAGCUGUGUCAGCUGGGAGAUCCAAACCCCCUCUGCAGCUCCAGCAGGUUCCCACAACCAACAGCUGGUGCCCCAUGGGGAGAAAAGGGAAAAAAAGCGGAGGAAAUGUUGCCACUCAGAGCCUCUUCUUUCAUUUUCUUUGGCAUACUGUGUGUCUAAAGCUUCAUCUCAGCUGCUGCUGCUGCUGCUGCUGCCAUUCCCUCCCUCACACGCGUGUCAUGAGGAUUCACUGACAAAUGCUGGAAACAGCCUUUGGAAGAUGAAAUGCUUCCAGUGUUAAACACUACUAUUUCUCGCGCUUGAUGGCCGCGUAUAGAUUUUUGUCUCCAGAACGCCUGCCAAAUCAUUACUCACUGCUGGCUUCUGCAUCCUCCCAAGCCUUUCCUCACAGAUGUGCAGGCAAUCUUUUGCCCCGUGCUUUUCCUAAAUACCAGCAAUUCUUGCGGCAGUUGCCUAAAAAGUAUCUUGAAAUACAUCACCUGCUUUCAAAAGCCUUUUCUUAACGGCCCUUUGUGCCUUGCAAUUGCCAGGCUCUGAAUCCAGAGACCUUUGGAGACCCAGAGCUGUGUUUCAUUUGGACUCUUCACAUAGCAGGGAUGUUGCAACUGGUACAGCUGCAUCAGAAAUCAUACAAGGGCAUGGAGGAUAUAUUUUAAAAGCACAGAAUUGCAACAGCUAUGUAUGCACCCUGCUGCCCUUCAAAGCUAAUGUGGGAAUUUGUAAAAAAAAAAAAAAAAGCCCUUUUUGGGAUGCAGGAGGUUUUUGACGACUGUGGUCGCUGUUCCAGCAGCAGAAGCAUGAGGGGUAUCAGCAUUGAAAGGAGCUUUAGAGCUCAUGAUGAGCUUCAGACAGAACCAAAAAAAAAGAAGGAAGCUCCCCCCAUGGCUUGCUCCUUAGUCAAUGAGAGGGUUGGGUGCAGAGCCAUGAGACCACAAAAAUGCAAAUAGCUUCUUUAUUUAAACAAUCAUUUCAAUGAAAUUGAGGAACCCAUACAAGGAAAGCCUUGCAGUGCUGCAGGGCUGAGCUGCGGAGCUCCUUGGGAGGAUGCAGUAGCUGGGCUGGGUGGGAGAAUGAGCAAUAACCACACUCUGGGAAAGCACACACUAAAAUACAGCCCCAGACUGCCAAGGGCAGUUUUUAAUCUUGCACACAGAGCUCRCACACUCCCUGGUUUUCACAGGGGGCCGGAGGAGCCCAGUGGAGCUGCAGGACAGUGGGAAUGCUCAGUGCAGCCAUCUGGCCCUGCCGUCUGUGAGCGCUGAGCGUUCCUGCUGCCCCUGCUGCCCCUGCCCUCCUGCCAGGCUGCAUGGUCACAUCCUACUGCCUGCCAGAAACACUUCCAGAUACAUCUCUCUCAGGAGUUUUGUACUGGAAUUAGCUUCUUGUCUUCAGCCAGCUUUACUGGAUGGCCAGACAGCCUGUCCCAGCAUGGAAAGGAGAGCAUCCUCAGGAGGAGCCRGCUGUGUCUCCUCUGGUGAUGUGAUUUUGUUUUACAGGACACCAGAAGUAUUAACGAGGGCAGUCUUUAAUGUGUAUCAAAGUGUAUCUGGUGGGUUUAAUCUAUGACGGUGUGAGCCCAGUGCUUGCCUGCAGGGGAACAGAGCUUGUUCUCAGGCCAGGAGUGCAAUCUCUGAGAGGUUAGGGUGGGACAUGGGGGUCUUGCCAGAAGGUGCCCACGUGCCCAGCCUCAGUGUGCACCCCAAAAGGCAGACAUCACCCCUGGGGGAUUUUGCAGUCAGUGCUGGGAAAAGACCAACCCUGCACUGUUCUUUUGUGUGACAUGUCCCACAUUAUUUUGUGGUCAAAAAGUCUCCUAGAGCCAGGGAGAGUUGCUKAGUUCCUGGGAAGAAGGCUGACCAUUUGUCAAGUCAAUUAGAGAAGCUUAGUGCUCCUGUGUUUGAGUGUUUUCAUGGGMCAGGUUUGUCUUCAGGCUUACCACCAAAAGCUCCACAACCAUUUCCAAGGAGACUAAAACACUCCUGUAGUGAUCUGACACUGGGCACCUCAAGGUCAGCAGAGAUGGUGCUACUGAGGAACAUCCUGAAGCACCCAGACCCAUCACUCACUUGCAUCCCCAGUGCACACGUGAGAUAGCAGAGACAUGCUCCAAGGUGCACAAAAUUGCAGACCCUGGUGUUGCCUCUACCUCCCUGCAGGAAGGAGCAGGCAAACACCCCCUGAGGCUUCUCAGGACUCGAGGGUACUGUGUCAUUUCUGAGCUCCAGCACUGACACRAGGUAAUUGAUGCUGACAGAUAUAGGUACGUGACCUAUAUAUUUACACUGAACGUGCCUGUGGGAAGGGACUUUGCUCAGCACCACUCGUGCCCCAAGCAGCAGCCUCUGGGAUCUUUAUUUGUGUGCAAAGACAAGCAAACACAAGCAAGGGCAACCCUUAAACACCGAUGCCUUAGUGAGAGGAGGACCAAAGCCUCCAGCUGGCACCCUGCAGGCACAGGGAAAGGGAGCUGGAUUCCAGAAACAGCUCCAUCUCCCCAAGAGGGCAGCUCWGUUCAUGGACACUGGGUGCAGGAGGCACAGGGAGGAGAGACCUGCACAAGAGGCAGAGGGGCUGGAUGCUCACUGCCCCAGUCUCGGAAAUUAAUGUCAAGACCCAAUCCCGUCUGUAGGGCAGGCAAGCAGCUCCAGAGCUGAAGCCCUGCUCCAGGCAGGGAGGGGAGAUCUUGGCAGGUAAAACACCAUUUUCAGCAGUGCCUGAGUCUCACCAGCUUUUCCAGUGCUGGACCAACCUGGUGGCACUGGGCAAGCAAGGAGGGUUGUUUAAACACCAGCCWUUGCCCUGUUAAACAGCCCAGUCCCUAAUUUGUGGUCCUCAGCCCUAUUCCCCAMCCUCCCUUCUCCCACUUCAGCUCAAGAAGGGAAGAGUGACCAUCACCCAGCCUGUGGGCUCCCCGCUCCCCUCCACAUUUCCCAAAGGAUCGCCGGAGGCUGUCACCGUUUUCCUUUUGCUGGUUUCCCGCUGAAUCAUUUCUCCUGCAUGUUUGAUGGCCCAAACUGUAUUAACUGUAAUUUUGUACGAAGAGUGACUGUCCAUUGGUUUAAUAGAGCAUUAGUUAUUGUAAUAAUUUAUUGGCUGUUGGUAAUGUAUUUAUUAGUUACAAAAUGUUAAUAAAGUGCCAGCUCUUUUCUAGUGUGAGAGUGGUUUUAUUGUG